AUGAAUCUAUUAUCGUAUUGUUUAAAGGUCUGGUCAAAUCAAGAGAACGAGUUUUCACCUGACACAAAAGAACAAGUUUCUUCCCCAUCUUGCAAGGAACUGUUUCUUAAGAAUAAAUCAUUGCCUGAUGGUGUCCACACUCUACAUCAAAAUUCCUCUUCGCCACCAUAUAAGGCAUAUUGUCACAUGACAAAUAUACCAGGAUGUGGGGGUGGGGGCUGGACACUAGUGAUGAAGCUCGAUGGGAAUAAGAAUACAUUCAUUUACAAUUCCCAACUGUGGACGAACAACGAGACAUACGCGAUACAAGAUGGUUUAGAAGGACUGACAAAGAAAGAAAGCAAGUUGGCUUCGUAUUGGAAUACUCCGUUCACAAAGAUAUGCCUGGGUAUGUCUUAUAACGGAAACAGAAAAUGGAUGAGCUUCGACUACACCGCAAGUUCGCUGUACAGUAUGAUCGCAGAUGGUCAAUUCAGGGCAACGCCCGCUGGCCGAACUGCAUGGUUAUCCUUGAUUGCAGAUUUUUCGUUACAACCAAACUGCAACGUGGAGGGCUUUAAUGUUAGGGAAUAUCGCGAGUUGCGAAUUGGAUUCGUUGGCAACAAUGAAAACGACUGUCGCACCUGCGAUACUUGGAUUGGAAUGGGCAUUGCUCAUGCGGGAAUGAUUUGUUCUGCUAGCGGCACGAUUGGCGGUGGGCAAUGGCAAAUAUUAAAGACUUUUGGGUAUAUUCUUGUUCAGUAA